CUUGUAGAAGUUCAAGCUGGCAAUGGAAAGCAUGCAAUAUUUGUAUCGUACCCUGAGGAUGUAUCGGAAGCCUUGAAGUAUCUCUACUUCAGCAUCGUCACCUACAACAUCAGCCUCACGAUCACCAAAAUCUCGAUUCUGCUGCAGUACCACCGCAUAUUCACGCUGCGCGAGAUGCGCAUUCCUGUCUAUGUGGCUUUAGCCAUCGUCAGUGCAUGGGGGAUAACGACGUUGUUUACAUCGAUAUUUUCCUGCGUUCCAGUGGAUGCGUCUUGGAAGGUGACAGAGCAAGCAAGUGCUACGUGUGUCAAUCGUAUGGCGUUAUGGUACACCAAUGCAUCUGUGAACAUCGUAACAGAUAUUCUAGUCGCAGCCAUCCCCGUUCGGGGCAUCUGGAGUUUGCAGAUCCCGAAACGCCAAAAGACUGCUCUACUCGGUAUCCUUACCAUAGGAUGGUUCGUCUGCAUCGUUUCGAUACUGCGACUCUACGCACUCAAUGUGUUUGAUAAACACCAAGACGACGCAACGUACCACAGCGCUCCAACAGCAUACUGGAGUGCUAUCGAAGCCAACCUCGCGAUCGUAUGCGCAUCACUGCCGGCGCUCAAGCCCUUGAUCAUCAGGAUCGUUCCUGUCUUCGGUGCUCGUCACAGCAGCAAAGGACGAGGCUCGACAGCAGCGAGCGGCAAUACCCACAGACUGCGUAAGCUUGGUAGCAAGGGAAUAUGGAGAUCUGGCGAUGACAAGGAGAAGUUGACGAGUGACUCGAGCGCAAGUCAUGCGCAAUCGUUCGCAUCGAGACCUUCGGAGAGCGAGCAGCAUGGGCGGAAUAUCUACGUCACGAAACAUUUCGAACAGCAUGUCGAGAACAGUAGAGGACCGAGGGACAGCGACAGCCAGCAAGAAGUGACAGCGGCGGUGUUUCUAGCGCGCGGUAAUGUAUAA